AUAGCCGGCUCCGACAGGACCUGAUCAUCAUCAAAGGAUACUUUUAGGGCACUCAGGAUACACAGUAUAAACUGGUACACUAGCCAUCAGCGCAAGUAACAACUUUUUCUCGUCACCAGUUGAUUAUGAAUCUCCUAUCACAAGCGAAACUUCUUUCUGAUUCGUUCGAAAUCGAAGAGACAAGGCUGGGAAUGUACACACCGGUUUGUACGGGAAUGUUCAGGGAGCCUGAAGGCCAUGUUCAACAGCUCGAGAAGACAGCGAAAAGGCUGUCCUAUCUGAUUGUAUAUCUUGAACUGGUGUGCCCAAUUUUGGUGUGCUCUAUUAUUGGUUUUCGCCUCCCUGGGUUCCACGCCUUUCUCGUGUUUAUAGCGGGAUUUCAUUCCUUCGUGAGCUCUAUAGCUUGUACCCCCGCUCCCUCAGGCUUCCACAAGGAUACACCUUGUCCCCCAUCUGCUCUCACAUACACAUAAAAAUGGUGCACUCCUCCCAGACACCGGUGUUAGACGCUGUACGUUCUUUGGUAGUUGCUUAUGCGUCUUCCUCGGGUUCAGCGUCCUUUACUAACGAACGAUAAAACUCUCAUAGUCUACAAAGCCUUUACUCCCUCCUCCGCAACGCCCAAGGCGUCGAGUACGCUC